ACAAUGCACAGUUGUCUUUCGUUCGUACUUCGGAGAUCUGCAGUCUUGCCUUUUUGAAUCAAGAUGAAAUAUUUCGCUGUUCUGCUGCUGCUCUGCUGCCUCAUGGCAAGUGCUUUGGCCACUCUCAAGUCGCCUGUCUGUGGAGAGGAGUCUGGAAGGACUGGCGAUUGCAGGGCAGCGCUCCCGAAGUGGACAUAUCGCGAGGAUAAAAACGAAUGCAUUCAAUUCUUGUACAGUGGCUGCCAUGGCAAUGAAAAUCUGUUUGAUGACAAGCUAAAGUGUGAACAGACUUGCGUAGUCUAAGCCUAAAUACAUUUUCCCUGAUACCGUAGCUUUAAAAUGAAUAAAUUUUCAAGACUUUAAUGC